GCCCGCUCGGCUGAUAAAAACGCGCUUCUGGGUGGCAUAGUCUUCAGCCCUCGAGUCUGAGAGCUGCAGAGCUACCGCCAUGCAGGCGUGCGCGUGAGCCAUGCAGCGGUUCGACGCCGUCGUCAUAGGAGCCGGCUGCAUCGGCCUCGCACUCACCAGAGAACUAGCCAAGCGCGGCGCGCAAGUCGCAUGCCUGGAACAAGCGAGCCGGUGGGGCGAGGGCAUCACGAGCCGGAACUCGGAGGUGAUUCACGCGGGCCUAUACUACGGAGACGGCCUGCCGCGGAAGCGGCGCGCGUGCGUGCGGGGCCGCGAGCUGCUCUACGCGUACUGUGCCGAGAGGCAGGUCCCGCACGCGAGGUUGGGGAAGCUCGUCGUCGCUCAAGCGGGUAACGAAGCCGGCUUGGAUCUCAUAGCGCGGCAGGCGACGGCCGCCUUCGUGCUGGACCUGCGGCGGCUGGACGCGCCUGAGGUCGCGGCACUCGAGCCGAACGUGCGCGCGUCGGCGGCGCUGCUCUCGCCGUCGACGGGCGUCGUGGACUCGGCGGCGUUCUGCGACGCUCUGCGCGACGACUGCGUCGAACUCGGCGCCGUGGUGGCGACGGGCCACCGCGUCGAGGGCGUCGACGCGGCGGCGGGCGUGCUGCGCGUAAAAGUCGACGACGAAAGGAUAGACGUCGAGGCGAGGGCCGUGGCCAAUUGUGCGGGGCUUUUUGCGCCACGUAUUGCUCAGGAGACGGGCCUCGACGCGCCCUCGCUGCUCGCCCGCGGCUCCUACUUCUCGCUGAAAGGCGACGCGCCGUUCUCGCGGCUGGUGUACCCGCUACCGGAACCGGGCGGCCUCGGUGUUCAUGCGACGCUCGAUUUGAGCGGGCGGUGCCGCUUCGGUCCCGACGUCGAGUGGCUGCCGGAAGGGACGUCCCCCGACGCGCCGGGCCUCUACGAGGUGGACCCCGCGCGCGCGGAGCCGUUCUACGCGGCCGUGCGGACCUACUAUCCGGCGCUCGCCGACGGCGCGCUGGCCCCGGACUACGCCGGCGUGCGGCCGAAGCUGUCCCGCGAGACGGCGGACUUCCAGGUCGUGCGCCGGGGAAGGGUGCUACACCUCCUCGGCGUCGAGUCGCCCGGCCUGACGGCCUGCCUCGCGCUCGCCGAGGAGGCCGCCGCCGAGAUGCUUGUUGUUUAAUUGCCAGUGGUAUUACAUUCGUUACAGAAGGGAA